AUGACGCAUGGCAAGGAAGGGAGAACUAAAGUAAGGCGACCUGUACCGGUACGAGCUCUGCCACUGCAGUACUACUGUUGCAGUACGAGACCUGAUCCCGUCAUUGCAACAGUAGCGAGCCCGUUAUCGCAGCACCAGCUUGAUCGAUCCCGUCGCUGCACAGUAGCUCGAUCGAUCCCGUUACUGCAACAAGAGCUCGAUCGAACCCGUCACUGCACAGUAGCUCGAUCGAUCCCGUUACUGCAGCACCAGCUCGAUCGAUCCCGUCACUGCAAAGUAGCUCGAUCGAUUCUGUCAUUGCAGCACCAGCUCGAUCGAUCCCGUCACUGCACAAUAGUUCGAUCGAUCCCGUCACUGCACAAUAGCUCAAUCGAUCCCGUUACUGCAGCACCAGCUCGAUCGAUUCCGUCGCAGCACAAUAGCUCGAUCGACCCCGUCACUGCACAGUAG